AUGGCCCUCAGGAAGCUUCCCGAUGCCUUUGGCAUCGUUGAGGCGCGCAAGGGUUAUUUUCCAUUUCUAUUUAAUACGCCCGCGAACCAGGAGUACACGGGACCGUACCCCGCCCUUGAGUACUACGACCCUGGUGGAAUGCAACCGAAGGAUCGUGAAGCUUUCCUGCGCUGGUAUGAAAACCAUAAAGACGGCCAUUUCGAUCUUCAGGAGGAGCUUCUUUCCUACUGCAUAUCCGAUGUGGAAGUGCUAAGAAGGGCUUGCGGUAAAUUUAGGAAUUUAUUUCUAACAGUUACAGGCAAUGGCAAGCUGGAGGCCGGGAUCGACCCUUUCAAAACUUGUCUGACGAUCGCCUCCGCCUGCAACCUGGUGUACAGGUCGAAUUUCCUGCAGGAGGAAGCAAUCGCCAUAAUCCCGCUGCAAGGAUAUGCGCCGAAGGAUAAGUGUUCGGUUAAGGCCAUUAAAUGGCUGAAAUGGGUAAGUCACUCGCGCGGUGUUGCUAUCCAGCAUGCACGGAACGGCGGUGAGAAAUCCAUUGGUCGGUUAAAAGUUGACGGCUUUGCCGGUAACACGGUGUUUGAAUUUUAUGGAUGUCUAUUCCACGGGUGUGAACGGUGUUUUCGGUUCCGGCAGCUGGUUUCCCCUUUUGUGGAUAUGACGAUGUACGAGUUGAAGAUGCGUACCGUCGAGCGUGAGGAGGAGUUGGCAAAACGCGGUUUCCAGUUGGAAACAAUUUGGGAGUGUGAAUACGAGCGCCAGCUAAAAACAAAUCCUGAAAUGGCCGAGUACAUUUCAAAGUUAGAUAUUGUCGACCCGCUGGAGCCCCGCGACGCGUUUUACGGAGGUCGGACAAAUGCGGCACGUCUCUAUUAUGAGGCAGGUGUUGGUGAAAGUGUUAAGUAUGUGGACGUGUGCUCACCUUAUCCGUGGGUAAACAAAUACUGUAAGUACCCCACUGGUCAUCCGGAAAUACUCACGGAUAAUUUGAGUACAGAUGUUUCAAAAUAUGAAGGUUUGAUGAAGUGCGUUGUGUUACCACCGCGUUACUUAUUUCACCCUGUCUUACCCUACAGAAGCAAUGGUAAAUUACUGUUCCCUCUGUGUAGCACCUGCGCUGACACCCUUCAGCAGGCCGAGUGCAACCACUCGGCUGAGGAGCGUGCCCUUCACGGGACGUGGGUUUCAGUGGAGUUGCACAAAGCUAUUGAAAUGGGUUAUGUGGUGGUGGCUGUGCACGAAGUCUGGCACUUCAAAAAGACCUCCACAACCCUUUUUAAGGAGUACAUCAAUACGUUUUUGCAGCUGAAGCAGCAGGCCUCGGACUGGCCCCGCGGCUGCGCCUCUGAGGAGGCCCGCCAGGAAUAUUUGCGAAAUUAUGAGGAGCAUGAAGGGAUCGCCCUUGAUCCUAAGGCCAUUGAACACAACCCGGGGAUGCGGUCAUUAGCGAAGACAAUGCUUAACGGAUUUUGGGGAAAACUGGGUCAGCGCUCUAACCUUGGGCAGACAAUCUACGUGAAAGACCCGGAUGUACUCAUAAAUUUGCUCCUGGACCCCGCAUCCCGAAUAAGCGAUGUGUAUUUUGUAAAUAAUGAAAUGGUCAGGGUUCAGUACACCACCAUGGAUGCCUUCGUUGAGCCGCUGAAAACUGCCAACAUUGCUAUAGCCUGCUACACCACUGCGCAUGCGCGGCUGAAAUUAUUUAGCAUCCUAGAACCGCUAGGUGAUAGAGUACUCUAUUAUGAUACGGAUAGUUGCAUAUAUAUUCACCGAGAGGAUCAGUGGAACCCUGAAUGUGGUCGUUAUCUAGGCGAUCUCACCGAUGAAUUGGAUGGGGAUAGCAUUAAUAUAUUUGUUUCUGGGGGCCCCAAGAACUAUGCAUAUAAAACGGUUCAAGGUUUUGGGAGUGUGCAGAAACUUUACAACGCCGUAAAGCAUCGGGGUAUAACUAUAUCGAAUGUAAAGAAGUGGUUAAAACAAGAGGUCCAAGGUCCUGGCCCUCAGCUGGAUGACCUAAUAACAUAG